AAUUUGUGCACGAUCCUUUCAGUGCCUUAAGUUUCUUCGUUGAUUUUUUUUCUUUGGGUGUUGGAGCUGUCUUCUUCGUUUUUAACGGUUUGAUUUCUCAAAGGGGUCUCUCUUUUUUCUGGAAUUUGUCCACGUUGGGUUGUUGUAUGGUUUGUAUUCCCUGGAUACAUGCAAGCUGUUUGAUAAAAUGGGUGUGAGAAUCUGAUAUAUGUUCCUUUUGUUGAAUUUAUGUGAAAAUAUGUUUUUAAUGCCUUGAUGCUUUGUAUUUAUCGGUUUCAAGUUUUCAGAUCCAAGGCUCGAGAAGCAACCGAAUGUUAACCCAAGAUGCGAUUUUGUUGACUCCUGGCCUCCCCUUAUAACAUUUCCAAAAAAUUGCCAACUUAAUACUACUAACAAAGACUAAAAUGAAAAAUAUGGGGAUUUGCUUAUCCACUCUAUUGGAGUUUCAUGGCUUUUCAUUUUGGAUAUGCAGUCUUUUUAGUUUCUAAGUCAAUUUUUGUAGAUGGACACAUUUUUCAAUUGGUGAAAUGUUAUUAUUUCUGUGAACAAUACCUUUAUCUGGAUUUAUACUACUGGAUAUCUAGAGAGAUUGUUGCUGCAAAUAGGGAUCAACCUUAUUGAAAUCAAAUAUCUGUUUGAAAUACGUCAACAUGAAGUUCUUGGAAUACACUCCUUUGGAUCGUAUAAAUGAUUUCUUAAGUCAUGUAAAUCUUGGGGAGCGAACCAUUAAAGGAUGCCUAGAGGCCUAUUCCUGCAAACAUACGGGAACUGAUAAAAAACUGUCUCUCAGUUUGGAGUAUGAGAUUCUCGAUUAUCUUGGAAAAUCUUCAGAUACUGAAUCUUCUUCACCGGCCGAAUUUCUUUGCAGCAGAUCCAGCCGAAAGACAUUGGUAUACUUGGUUCUUACCCUGUAUCACAUGUAUCCAGAUUAUGACUUCAGUGCGGUGAAAGCUCACCACUUUUUCACAGAGGAAAGCUGGGACAGUUUUAAGCAGAUAUUUGAUGCCUACAUGUUUGAAUCAUCAAAGGAAUGGAUUGAGGCAAAUGGGGUCUCCCUGCUGGAGAGCUUGUACAAGGCUCUGGAUGAGGUUGUAAAACUAGCAGAAUGUGACAUAUAUAGUUACAAUCCGGACUCUGAUGCAGACCCAUUUUUAGAGAGGGGAGCCAUAUGGUCAUUCAAUUUCUUCUUCUAUAAUAGAAAGCUAAAACGUGUUGUGAGCUUCCGAUUCUGCUGUCUUAGUAACUUGAUGGCUGAGGGAUUUCUCAUAGAUGAGUUCUGUAACGAGGAAGAUGGGGAAAUAUUUGAUGAUAUGGACAUGUGAGUACUGCCCUGAGUAUGAUGUUAAUGUUGUCAACACCCCCUAUAUUCUAAUGUGGUUAGUGCAGCUUUAAACCUUGUUGACCCUGCAAGGACUGAGUGGUAGUUGUAACUUCUCUCCUUCUGUGCAUACAAUUACUACACUCGUAGGUUAGAAGUCUCUAUUGUAAAAAUUGUAUUUCCAUAGGAUUCCCUGUGUAUGUUAUGAAAAUAUGAAUGUAAUUAUGUCAGUCAGACUGAAGUCUAGCUUGUGAAAAUAUCUAAGGUGAGUGAUGCUUCUAUGGCAAAGACAUUGAUUUUCUUCUCUGUUUCCUUAAA